AUGUCUCCGCCGUUGGGAGCAACCGAGGGCCAUGGCGAAGCUACUGAUAGGGAGCCUGGAGCAGUCGCAGAGUUUGCGCUGCAGCGCGAGCGGAUCGUCGCAAACUCUCGUAGCAGCGAUUAUCUUGACGAUACCACGAACCAACCUCAGAGGAUCAAGGACGAGAGUGACAGUGAGGACGAUGAGGGGUCUGAGGAAAACGGUUUACGUGUCUUCUAUCCGAGACCAAGUCUACCGGUGCCCUCAGUUGAGCACCGGUCCUUACAAAAUCUCAUGGAAAUGCUAGAGCAGGAAGUCAUCGACCUCAAUCCUGAGUACCAAAGGGAUGUUGUGUGGGCACAGGAGCGUAUGAUCGGCCUGAUAGACUCUCUCAUUGAGAAUGUUUGCAUACCCCCGAUAAUCUUCAAUCGCCAAAUCACUCGCAUGGAGGACGGCACAGCCCGCGUGAAGCGUGUUUGUGUCGAUGGCAAACAGCGACUCUCGUCAUUGAAGGCAUUCAUGGAGGGCAGAAUCGGUUGCCACGACCGACAUGGAUCUAUUUGGUACUUCACCAAACCUGCGGCUAGCAAAAGGCGCCGCACGGUUCCUGAGCAUUUCAAAGAGGCAUUCCGUAACCGAAAACUUAUCGUUUACGAGUACCGGAAUCUUAAACGAGCACAGGAGGAGGAUCUCUUCUCCAGCGUCCAGAAGGGAGUUCAACUAACAACUGCGGAGAAGUUACGAGCGACAACGGGGCCAUGGCAAGAACUCGGAAAGAUUUACGAGCGCGACUUCCCCAAAGUAAGCGGAUUAUCUGGCACCAGAAGAGCCGUGGGAUUCAACAACGUACUGGUCUCAUUUGGCAUGAUCAUUGAGGCAGAACGCGGCCUUUCGAAUCAAAAGGCCCCACACUUCAGCACAUCUGCCUCGACUAUCAAAGCGCUAUUCAAGAACGUCGAUGACUACAACGCCGAUAUGCGCGAGAAGAUCCGGCAAACGUACAUGGCAUUCGACUGGUUGAUUGAGCUCGACCCAAAGGCCUUUAUGGACAACGGCUAUACCCAUGCCAAGCUCUUUUCGCCUUUCGAAUUCGUAGCAACUACAGUGCUAAUUUCCUUACACUCGGAAAACGAGAGUGAUCAGUUUCUACUUGAGAGUAUUAAAGGUAUGCGCCUGCAUUUAUGA